UGACCUUGACGACGCACCAUAUUUGGGGAAGAUUAAGAGGACAGGUGGUACUAGAAAAACUGGAUCGAACUAGUUUGCAAGAAACAUGUAUUCAUUGUCUUUGGUGAAAGCAAUGUCGAUUUCAAAAGAGGAAUGUAAAAAUGUGAAUGUAAAAAUAUCGUAACAUGACGUUACAAUAAAGUUAAUGUCAUAAUCAAAUGUCGUCAUUAUGUCGUCACAAUAGCAUUUGUUGUGGUUAGAUACAGCUAGUCAGCAAACAUCAUGGGCGUCUUUCAGAGUUGUAUCGCUAGAAACAAUAAGAUAGGAGUCAUGAAAGAGGAAAUGGAGGUCUACGAAAAAUUACGCAGUGAAAUGGUUACGGAGGAUAUAGUAGAAAAGAAAGGCGGAGUGGCCUUUGGUCUUACUUUCAUUGCUGAAGAUACACCAAAAAUGCCACCGCCCCGAAUCACUGACAAUAAGAAGGAGGAAUUUGAGAAAUGGAGAGAAACUCAGGAGAAAACGCAAGCCCUGAAACAGGAUAGGGCACAUCAGAACAGGGAGGAAGCCCUUACUAAGAGGAAGAUUGAGGGCGCUCACAAAGAAAUGGAGCGACUAGAAAAAUACCUCAAUAUUGGAGCUGAAGAAUUCUGAUGUGGACUCCUUAAUACUCAUUUUGGACCUUUAAAAAAUUAUAAUUAGUAAAUUUGAGCAUUUCAUUUGAAAUCAAAGAGAGGACACUUUAGCUCUUUAUUUACAGUACAAUGUUACUUUGGCUAUUAUUAUUUCUUUUUUCUUAUUGGUCUUUUUUAAUCGGAAAUAUCCUGGAUGUCCGUCUCAGUGGUACAUCUAAUGACAGAACUGCUGGUCAACAUUUGUCUUUCUUUUGGUAACUACACAGGCGAAACAGAUCGCUUUGCUGAGUUACCUGAGCAAAAUUCCUUUAAAUUUUUCGGAACUUCAGGCC